AUGGAGUAUCUCCAAAAAGUGAGAAGCACUGUCACGAAGGCGUAUGAACAGGUUGGAAAUGUUGUCGCUGGAAAUCCGGCACUUCGUCUCUUCGAACCGGGUGAUAUGAUUGGAUCGGCUGGACCGGCUCAUUUGUGGAAAAUACACAAAGCAAAGAAGCGAUCAACUGGACAAACGGUGGCCAUGUGGAUUUUCGAGAGAAAACAGGUUGAAACUUUCUCGAAAGAUGAUCAAACUCGAAUCGUGGACAUGUUGAAAAGAGGCGUCAGUCAGCUGACUCGAGUUCGACACCCGAGAGUGCUCGUCGUUGAGCAUCCACUUGAGGAGGGCAGGGACUCGUUCAUUUUCUGCACCGAGCCCGUGAUCGGCAGCUUGGCGAACGUGUUGGGACAAACGGAGGGACUCCCACAACCGGCAACCAUUCAUCAUCGAAGUUACAAGUUGCACGAGAUCGAGAUUCGAAUCGGAUUGAAACAGGCCGCUGAAGCGUUGACUUUUCUGCAUGUGGACGCGAAAAUGAUGCAUCGAAACGUUUGCCCGACGUCGAUUAUUCUCAAUGAGAAGGGAGACUUUAAAUUGGCUGGAUUCGAUUUUGCCAUGACCGCCUCGACAAACGAUCCAUCGGGGAUUUCUUGCGAUUCAUCAGACAUCGAUGACCAUAUCUCUUGGCAACUUCUCCCGUCCGUCGACUUUUUGGCGCCAGAGUUGGCAGCUGGUGGGAGAAGCGAGCCCAGCUCUGAUGUCUAUUCCCUGGCGGUUGUCUCUUAUGCGAUUUUCAACGACGGAAAAACCCCAUUCCAAUGCAAGAAUCGUCUGGAUCUUUUGCGUCAAAACACAGAAAAGUUAAAAGCAGUGCCACCUGAAUGGGCACUCCGAAUCCCGGAAACUUUCCGAGAGGAUUUCAAACUUUGUCUUAACAAGAUGCCAAAGAUACGACCAGAUGCGGCUCAAUUUACAAAGAUUCCAUUCUUCAAAGAUCACCGCCUCGACACCGUGCAAACUCUCGAAUCUUUUAUGCAACACGAGCAAAUGAUCAAAAUCGAGCUUCUGAAGAAAUUGCCCGAUUUGUUGAUUCAUUUUGAAAAGCGUCUCCUCGUUCAAAAGAUUCGUCCUUGUCUGAUGGCCGAAUUCUCUCAUCCCGAUUUGAUUCCAUUCAUCCUACCCAGUCUCUUCUACAUCAUCGAUUUGACGGACAAGGAAGAGUUCACGAAUUUGGUGAUGCCCGAGUUGGGACCAGUGUUUGCGAUGGAGAGACCCUAUCAGAUAAUCAUCUUACUCCUCGAGAAACUCGAUCUUUUUCUGAGUCGUGCCGAGACGAAAGAUGUCGAUAAUUACAUUCUCCCGUGUCUUUAUCGAGCGAUCAAGAACGAAAAUGGGAGAAUCCAGGAGAUUUGCCUAAACGUUGUGCCAAAAAUCGCGAAACUCAUCUCGAGACACAACAUGAAAACCGAUGUCCUUCCACGACUCUUGGCUUUAGCGACAAGUGGAGACACGUUGGCGGUUCGUGAAAUGGCAAAUUUCCUCAAA